CACACAAUGGGCAGACUAGACGGAAAGGUCGCUCUCGUGACCGGCGGCGGCUCAGGUUUCGGCGCCGGGAUAUCCAAGGGCAUGGCGGCUGAAGGCGCCAAGGUGCUUGUCUGCGACAUCAAUUCCGCCAGUGGCUCGGCAACGUGCUCUUCCAACCCGUCGGCACUGGCCUUUCACCAAAUGGACGUGACAAAGUCUGCCGACUGGAAAGCCGGAAUAGCAGCGUGCAUUGAGAAGUUUGGGCGCUGCGAUAUCCUCGUGAAUAAUGCGGGCUGGUCGUAUGCUAACAAGCCCACGUCGACGGUCACCGAGGACGAGUUUGAAAAGGUCUUCGAUGUCAAUGUCAAGAGCGUGUAUCUGGGCUGCAAUGCUUGGGUCGGCCAGGCGAUUGAGCGUGGCGAAGGCGGCGUGGUAAUCAACAUUGCGAGUGUGGGGGCCACAAGACCAAGACCGGGACUUGUGUGGUAUAAUGCGAGCAAAGGUGCUGUUUGGAAUGCAACAAAAGGACUCGCCGCAGAAUACGGCCCGCAUCAGAUUCGCGUCGUGUCUAUUUGUCCCUUGGUCACUGCGACGGGUCUCUUCUCUGCCUUUACAGGUACGGAGGAUACGCCCGAGAACAGGGCGAAGCUUACGUCCAAUGUACCCAUGGGCCGCAUAGGUGAGGUGGACGACGUAGUGAAUGCGUGCAUCUUCAUGGCGAGUAAAGAGGCAGGCUUCAUCACGGGAGUCAACCUUGAAGUGGAUGGUGGACGAUGUAUCUAA